AUGCCCAAAGUUACACCGUCGUCUUUACCUAUAUCUGGUCUGUUUGCUGUCGCCAAACCCUCAGGGCCAACUUCCAUGAAGUUGAUCAAUGACAUGAAACCCUUGAUCAACAAUUCGGCGCUCUUCGUUGAAAAGAGCAAGCUUGGAAAAGUCGACGCGAAGCAGAAGAAGAAAGGUAGGUUUGGGCGACAGGCGGUGAAGAUUGGUCAAGGCGGUACUCUGGAUCCACUGGCUGAUGGCGUCCUUGUCAUGGGUGUGGGUAAAGGAACGAAGGAGUUAUCAGGGUUCUUGGAUUGCGUAAAGGAAUACCGCACGACUUGCUUGCUAGGCUGCGAGACCGACUCGUACGAUAGCGAAGGUGCAAGAGUACGAUCUGCACCAUGGCGUCAUAUUACGAAGGAGAGAAUCGAAGAUGCUCUUGCUCAAUUCCGAGGAGACAUCGAGCAAACGCCACCAAUAUUUUCUGCCCUCAAGAUGGACGGGAAACCCCUUCACGAGUAUGCCCGAGAGGGAAUACCACUUCCCCGGCCCAUUGAGAAGCGAAAAGUGACCGUGCACGCGCUUGAACUUGUUGAAUGGCUUGGCCGUGACCAUUCAUGGCGUCAGCCUGCGAAGGCUCUGACGGACGAACAAAAGAUUGCACUACAAAAAUCGCUACGCGGCAUUGACGCGGCCGCGACGGUGGCAGAUGACCCCGGAGCGUCGGAGUCAGAGUCCGACGAAGUCCCCCCCGCGUUCGUCUUGAGGAUGACGGUAUCGGGAGGAACCUACGUCCGGAGCAUAGUGCACGAGUUGGCACAUGCCGUUGGCUCUGCUGGCCAUGUAGUCACCCUCACGCGUUCAAAACAGGGUCGUUUCGCACUGGAACCAUCUGGAGAAGAGCUCGGAUGCGUGUCCUGGGAUGUAUUCGAGAAGGCGAUAGAUGAGGGCAUCGCCGCAGAACCUGGUGAAGAUGGUCUCAAAGAUUGGGAACGGGAGGUCAUGAACCAUCUGCAAGUUGUGGAUUCGUAG